AUACACAAUCACGCAACACAACACAACGUAAAAAAACGUUAAAAAAAACAGACAAUUCUCUCUCUUUCUCUUUCUCUUUCUCAUUGUCUUUGUCUUAAAAAUCACACCCACCUCCUAAUCUCAACCGCCCAUUUUUCUGACAAUUUCAUUAUUUCCCUUUUAACUAAUUUUCUUGUUUCAUUAAUUUUGAGUAAAAUAUACAGAGUACAAAUUUACAAUUUCUGAAACUUCAAUCAAAUUCAACAAUAAAAAGGGAGUUUUAACUAUUUUUUUUAGCUCAAAUUUCCAACAAAAAAUGGGCGAAGCAGCAAAUUCAGAGAGAAACAAUGGUAGUAGUAGAGAUUCUUUUGAUGGGUUUUCACCAGUUUCUUCAACUCGUGUUUUUUGGCAAUCUCGUAAGAGGCGUGCAAGCGCACUGAAUGUAACCAAGCCAAGAGAUGAGCCAAUGUUUAAAACGCCAACAAAACCAGAAACUUCAGAGGAAGAGAAGGCACCGGACUCGACUCCUCCAGAUACUGUUCUUUCAGAGCGCAGAAAGGCUUUAUUUGAACCGCUGGAACCUAUUGAUACUCUCCCAAGAAAUCGACCCUCAAAUGAGAGCUUGCUUCCUCCUCCAGAUUUUGACGCAACAGCAUAUCCGAAGGGCUGGCUGAUAGGUAAGAAGCGGAAGCUGGUAAAUGUCGAUGUUGUUGAGAGCAUGCGGAGGAUUGCCAUCCAGGAAAUGAAUCGCAAGGAUCGUGAAAUUGAUGGAUUAAGUGAGCAACUAGACGAGGAUUCUCGUGUUCUUGAACAUCUACAAAUCCAGCUUCUAGAAGAAAAAAGAAAGCGUUCAGAUGUUGAGAGGGAAAAUACAAUGCUGCAGGAUCAAAUCAACAUGUUGAUGAACAUGCUACAGGAAAAUGAAGCUGCAGAAGAGGAGGAUGCAAAUGAGCCUUAGUUGGUUCUAGAAAAGUAUUUUAAUUCUUUUGUAUAGUUUUUCCUGAAAUUAAAACGUACAGUAGAGUGGUGUUAAGCAGCAAGUUUUAGUUGCUGCAUGGAAUUUACUAGCAUUUGUUUGUUUGUUUGUUUGUUGCUAUAAAUUUAGAUUAAAUGUUUGUACGCUUUAAUGAUUUAAGGAUAGUAUGAUGUACAAUGUAUUGUCGUCUGGUUUUGAGAUCUAAUGACAAAAUAUUGUGAAUGUAGUUCUGGAGCUUUAAAGACAGAUUUCGGUCUUUAAGUGCAAAUAACAGUUUAUGUAAAUAAUCCUUCUGUCUUGUUGA